UGGGCCUGGUGCUCGCGCUCACAUCAAGCAUCAAUGAUGCGCGCAAAACCAUUCGGGAGCGAGAACUGAUGAAUGCUCUGCCCUGCCCUGCCACCCUCCUCCUACGUCAAGCUGACCCGCGUUGCUUCUCCGCGCCACCAUCCCAGCUGGAAUUCACUCCCCCCACCCAUCCUGCCCCGGUUUCCGCGAGGAGAGAGACAAGCAGGCGUGCGUGCGUGUGGCCUCUCUCUCUCGCCGGCGAGGCCAGGCGGCGCCUGGAAAUUACCCCGCUACCCUCACUCCGCGCGGCCCACGCGCUGGCGCAGUGCGGUGGAGCGUCCCGACGUCCCGUCGUCACGUCGAGGGGGCAGGAGCGUAAAAUCACGGCGCCGCGCUCGCGCGGGAAAUCCGGAAGGGGAGUGGCGUGGUACUGCGGCCCAGGGUGUCGCCCGUCCGUCCGUCCUUCCCAUCAGAGAGCGUUUCAAUACAACCACCCCCGAGAGGCCGAGACUAUUGCCAUCGUCGCGCCAGCAGCAGCUCUUCCCCCAUUCCGCGUGGGGGCUAGGGUUUCCUUCGCGCUCUCCCCACCUCGCCCCUCGCCGUCGCCGACCGGGCCGGCGCCGGGGCCUCCUCGCCGCGGAGGGCUGGCUCCGGCCGGCUCGCGCCCGCGGGAUGCGGCCGGUUCCGAGUGUAGAGCAAUGGGGAAUGGAGCCAAGGCUGCUGAUGAUGUUAGGGAAGGGCAACUCAAGCUCAUGGAUCAAUGUCUUGCCGCCACAAGCCUGGCAGUUGUACAUACUGCUCUUCUUUGGGGCUUGGCAAACCUAAUCUGAGGCUCCUCAGGCCAAGACCCAGCGCAGCGACUCCUCGUAAGAGGAGGCAUUCGUCUGCACGUGCCCAUCAACAACUCCUGCAACUAUUCUCCACUAAACACCGAUGACAUCGUCCGGGCACUAACCUGUCCUGGAUGAGCUAUGGUGAUACCUACCUAUCGAAGUACUAUUAUAGCCAUCACUAAUCUUUCUUCCUUAGUUUCCCUCCAUCUUCACUGCGGUUAUUACCACUAAUAUUAUGUAAGGUUUAUUUUGGUUUGCUGUGAACCAAUUUGGAAAUUGGUGGAUCAUCGUGGUAGUACCAUUUCAUAUUGUUGGAUUCUAGAUGUCUGUACUGACUUCUGGUGAACGAAUGAAUGAAUGGCCAAUUAUAUGA